GCCAUGGUGAACCCCGCCAGGUGGAUGCCAGAAAUAAGAAUGUCUAAGCCACUGGAGCUGGAGAAGGCACGAGUGGAGCCACAUGGGGAGCACACAGACACUGAACGAAACGGUCCCGACACAAACCACCAGACCCAGCAGAGCAAGCCAGCCCCGUUCUCCCCGGCCCCCACUGGCCCCAGCUCCAAGAUCAAGGCAGAGGACCCCUCGGCCCUGCCUCCAGCUCCAGCACCGGCCCCCCCGGCCCAGCAGCCGCACCUGCCCCAGGCCCAGCUCAUGUUAGCCGGCAGCCAGCUGGCCGGGCUGACGGCCCUGAUGCCCGCCCAGCAGCAGCUCCUCCUGCAGCAGGCGCAGGCACAGCUCCUGGCGGCGGCCGUGCAGCAAUCCAACGCGGCCGCUGCAGCCAACGCCGCCAGCCAGCCGCCGGGGGGCGAGGCGCCCCAGAGCCAGCCGCAAACACCCCAGCUGGCUCUGUCGCAACCCAUCCAGCUCACCGCGCAGGACAUCCAGCAGCUCCUUCAGCUCCAGCAGCUGGUGCUUGUCCCUGGGCACCACCUCCAGCCGCCCGCCCAGUUCCUGCUGCCACAGGCCCAGCAAGGACAGCAAGGGCUGCUCCCGACACCAAAUCUCUUUCAGCUACCUCAGCAAAGCCCGGGGGGGCUCCUGCCAGCCCCCCCCCGCGCCGGGCUGCCUGCACAGCCAGUGACUCGGCCGGGCCUCCCCGAGUCCCACCUUGCGCACCCUCAGCCCCCAAAAUGCCUGGAGCCGCCGGCACACCCCGAGGAGCCCAGCGACCUGGAGGAACUGGAGCAGUUCGCCCGCACCUUCAAACAGCGACGCAUCAAGCUGGGCUUCACACAGGGCGAUGUAGGGCUGGCCAUGGGAAAACUCUAUGGCAACGACUUCAGCCAGACGACCAUCUCCCGCUUCGAGGCCCUUAACCUCAGCUUCAAGAACAUGUGCAAACUCAAGCCGCUGCUGGAGAAGUGGCUGAAUGACGCAGAGACCAUGUCGGUGGACUCGACCCUCCCCAGCCCCAACCAGCUGAGCAGCCCCAGCCUGGGCUUUGACGGGCUGCCAGGCCGGCGCCGCAAGAAACGGACCAGCAUUGAGACCAAUGUGCGCUUCGCCCUGGAGAAGAGCUUUCUUGCGAACCAGAAGCCUACCUCAGAGGAGAUCCUGCUGAUCGCAGAGCAGCUGAACAUGGAGAAGGAGGUGAUACGUGUCUGGUUCUGCAACCGGCGCCAGAAGGAGAAACGCAUCAACCCCUGCAGCAGCACCCCCAUGCUGCCCGCCCAGGGCAAGCCCCCUGGGUACGGCCCGCACAUGGUGACGAGUCCAGGCCCCGGCCCCGGCGUGAGUCUCCCGCUCUCCCAGGCUUCCAGCAGUCUGAGCACAACAGUGACUACCUUAUCCUCAGCAGUUGGCUCCCUGACCCCCAGCCGGACGGGGAUGGGUGGGGGGCCGCCCACCAUCAAUUCCGCCACGCCGCCCCCCCCCAACAGCGCCAACCCCAGCCCCCAGAGCAGCAGCCACUCGGCCAUUGGCCUGUCGGGCCUGAAUCCCAGCACGGGAAGCACAGUGCUAGGGGUGAACGCAGGGUUAAACCCGGCGCUAAUGGCCACCAACCCGCUGGCCACCAUCCAAGCGUUGGCCAGUGGUGGAACCCUGCCCAUUACCAGUCUUGACGCCAGCGGUAACUUGGUCCUGGGCACCACGGCCAGCACCCCGGGGAGCCAGAGCAUUGUCACCUCGCCGCUCUUCCUGAACCACGCGGGGCUGCCCCUGCUGAGCGCCACCCCAGGGGGGGUGGGGCUGGUCUCGGCCGCCGUGGCCGCCUCCCUGUCCAGCAAGUCCCCCAGCCUCACCUCCUCCUCCUCCUCCUCCUCUACCUGCUCCUCUUGCAGCUCCUCCAGCGAGGCGGCCGGGCCGCCCCCGGGCCACACCGGGCCAGCAGCCUCCGAGCCAGACGGCAAGACGGCGUGAGGGGCGGCAGGACGCUGCCCGCCGGUGCCGCGCAAGGAGGGGAGGCAGCAAGAAACGAGUGCAAGCAAAACUGUCAGCAGCAGCCAAAUGAAGAAAUCAACCAAAAAUAACCCAGAGCAGCCGAACCAAGGGACGAGAUGGAGAAACCCAAACCGAAUUCCCCCGGCAUUGGCAAUUCGUGGACGUGCUUGGAAUGUCUUAUUCCCUCCGACACGCCCAAGAAACAGGCCCAGCCGCAGUCUGGCGUGGGAUCUGCUGCUUUCCCCAGAGCCCCAGCUCCUGGGGGCACGACGCUGGAGCAGCACUGGAGCUUUCCUCAAGGAAGCAAGGAGAGGAAAAUUGAAUCUCCAGCUCUGAUGGGCCUGGAGAAAAUCUUGCGGUCGUGCCCCCGAAGGUGCCGAAAGCAGAAGGCAAAGAACCCAGAUUGGAUUGCGGUGUUUAGUUUUGUUUCGUUUCUUUUGAAAUCUCGUGAUUCUCAAUGGCAAUCUUGCCUUUGAUUUACCGUUGGUUGAAAGUGGGGGGCUGGCCAGACGGGCGACUUGAGUCGCUCUUCAGCCAGCGGGUUUGGUUUUUGCAAUUCCUUUUAUUUGAUUUUUCUCGGAGUGUUUCUUGGACAUUUUUUGGAGGGAAACGUAAGAAAAAAUAGGUGGGUUUUUUUGAUUGCACAGAAUGAAGAAAUAGGGGAAAUAAUACGAAAAAAAAAAAUCUCACACCAAAAAACCCCAACCCAUGACCAGUCCUAGCUUCGCCCAAAGGCUUUUUACAAACUUUUCUAACCUCUGUGUCCGGUCGAAUGUCUUUUGAAACCUUUUAUUUAUUAUGAAUUUAUUUUUAUUUGCCAUCUGGGAAGGGGGUAGUGGGAGAUGGGUGGGAGGCUCUUUUCACGUCAGAGUCACGCUCUUAACAAACUCGCUUUUGCUUUCGAUUUGAUAAAUCUCUAUUUUUUCAAUUUGCUUUUAUUUUUGUAAAGAACUAACUGGGCGGGAAGGUGGCUUUUCUGUAGCACUCGGGAAGAUGUUUCCAAAGGGGUUUUCAGAUCUGCCUGCCGCAUUUAUCAGAGCCGGGCCUGCAUGAGGACGCUGUGCUUCAGUUUAACCAAACCACCCCAGCUGCACAGACUUACCGGCAGGGUUCUGCUUUUCCAAAUCAAACAGGGAGCCGCAGGCUGGUGAAAACCCUGGUAGUGAGAGACUUCAGGGGCUUCUCCGAAAGGAGCCAGGCAGGUGACGUGAUCACAGCAUCUACGUACUUUCACGGGGAGAAAACCUUUAAUCUGGCAGAGAAAGGCAGAGCAAGAACCAAAUUAACGCUGGAGAAAUUCCAGGAAGGCGCAGUGAUUAGCAGUGCGAGGUAUUAACCAUUGGGGUGCGCACCCCUGGGCGGUGGGGGCUGCGCCAUGGUGGAUCCAGCCUGGGUGCCUUUCUGAGAGAUCUGUAACAAGCCUCCAGCUGGGCAGCUCUCGGAGCCGAGGGAAUCCACGACCCAGGGUAGCUUAGCGGGAGUCCUAGCGUGACCCUGCCAUGUGUCUGCAGUGCAGCUUCAAGCUGCUCUGAAUCUAGCGAAACCCAAAUAAGCCUGAUUUAGCCUGGAAUCAGCUCAUCCGACAGGGCUUUGCAGCCAUCUGGCUACAUCGCUUUAAAGUCACCCCUCUGCUUAAACCGCUGCACAGUCUUCAUGCAACCCCCUCCGGCUCCCGACUUCGCAAAGACUCUGGCGGGUGGGGACACUUCCACGCUUUGUGUAGGUCCGGUGCUGUCAACGGGGCUACUCAAAGUGCUGCAGGCAACUCCCGUGCUCAGCACUUUGCAGGAUUGGGACCUGAGCCUUUAACCCUCCCAGGGCAGGCAGCACUGGAGCAGAGAGGUUUGCUAAUUUAAUUUUUUCUACCAGUCGUUUUCCAUUCCGUUUGUUCGGUUUUCCGUUCAGCGUGGGUAUCUCUGGGGUUAUUUUUCUGAAGCAGGGGAAGGACAUAUAAUGGUUUAUUCUUAUUUUUAUAUCUAUGUUCUGAAAAAAAAAAUCAGAUUCCAGUGCCUGACAAAAAAAAAAGACAAACCCAGAAAACCGGGAAUUUCAGCUUUCUUUACAUUUUCCAAAAGAAACCAAAAAAAUCGCUGGAUCUAUAUACAGAAGAACAGCGGCAUGAAGACGUUUGCUCUCACCGCAGCAACUCGGGAUGCGAGAAAAAACCUUGAACCAAAAAAAUUCAUAACGAAGUGACCCAAGAAAACUCAAAUAAAACCCUUGAAUUGAAGAAGAAACGAUUUUAAACAAUGGACCUAAAGGGGCAUGUUGACUUUUUCUGACUAGACUGAUGGCCUAACGCUCUUUCUCUGUCUUAAAAAAAAUACCUCAUGGACAUUGCGUUGAGAAGCCCUGGUUUAUGUGACAAAAAACCAGUUCCAAAUAAACCAAAUCGCCAGAAUGGGAUUGGGCUCCGGAGAGUUCUGAGCGCCCCUCCCCACGGUCGGAAAAGCUUUAAAAAACGGCUUCUCGAAACGCUGAGAUAUUGUUUGAUUUUUUUAAAACACAAAGACAACUUUUUCUUUGGGUUGUUCCUUUUUUAGUUGGAUUAAUUUUCGUGUGUGAUUGUUUUGUUUUGUUUUUUCAACGCCUGCGAACCAAAGUCUUGCUCCUUUCAGAGAAGGAAGUUAGCCAUGAGAAAAUGCCAUCUGGCAACUAAAGAACAGAAUGGAAAAGUUUUAAAAAAAACAUUGAAAACAAACAAACCUUUCUUUAAAGGAAAAAAAAGAAUCUUGACCUCAUUUUAGCUCCUGCUUUUAGCUUUGGUCAUAGAGUUCAGGUGGGUUUGAGACAACACAAAAUGAACAUACUGUGAAACUUUGCUUUACAAAGAAACGGACCGAAACACCUGGGUUUAAACACAGAAAAUACCAAAAAAACCCCAACAAGAAUGAACCAAAAACCCAGACUUGAAACUGCUGUUUUUCACCCUGUAAGGUGCGUGAGGGAAGGGAGCCAGCCCCCAGAGUUGCAGUUCUCAUCUCAAUGGGAGAGGAACAGCGUUUGGGGUGGCUGGUCUCUCCCGGACGUGCUGCCUGAACGAGUUUUCUAGGUGGAAUGUAACUGUUUUAGUGAACUCUCUUCUUUCUUUCUUUUGGGACUAUUUUUGGUUUGGGGUGGGGGGGAGAGGGAGAGGGAACUCUGCCCUUUUUUUAUAGAGAGAAAUUCUAUGUUCUGCUUUAUUGCUUCUUACUGUAUAUAGAAAAAACGACAAAAAUGAAAAAAAAACAAAAACAAAAACAAACAAAAAAACCCAAACGCAAAAA